GGAAAAUACAAACUCUGUUAUAAAAAUAGCGCGCACGUGGUCGGAAAACAAGUGUUGCCAACGAGCUUGAAAAUUUCUUCUUCUCUUGAGAACAGCAGUGCGCUUUUUUAUUAAUAGGUUUAAUUUCUCAUCAUACUUAUAGUAAUACAAUAAUACAUUGGCUAUUCUUUGUUGAAUUUGACAAAUUUAAAAAAAGCCAGCUUUUCAAAGUUCCGAAGGCUUUCAUCAAAUUCUAACAACAACAAACUCUCUCUUGCUAAAUAGUGUACAUACAAUCUAAAGAAGCUAACAGUAAUAAUAGUAAUAUAAUAUAAUUUGUAAAUAAUUUGUAAAUCAUGGAAACACAAGAUAGUGUAACGGUUAAAUUAUUUAAACCAUUAAAUCACGAUACGAAUCCAUACUUGUUUGUCAAUGAUGAACAUAGUGAUACAUCAUCUGAUGUGAGUAGUAAUAGAGAGUUUCAAAAUAUGAUUGAAGAUUUGAGGAGAGAAAGAAAACAAAUGGAACAACAAAGUCUCUACGAAAGUCAACUACACUCCUCGAGACACUCUUCAUCAGCAGAGGAGGAAAUCAAUUCAUCAACCUUUACUACUGAUUUGGAUACUAUUCAAGCAUUAAAUGUAUUACAAAAUUAUAUUCUUAAAGAAUAUGAAACUCUUAAAAGUAAAAUUACUAGAGAAUUAAAGGAAUCUUGGACGAUAAUAGAUGAAAAUGGGAAUAGUGUUGAUGAUGAAAUGUCAAUACAAUCACUUUAUCUUGAACAUUACAAAAUCAACAAGAUAUUUCACGAGCGAUUAACUGCUAUAUAUAAUAGUUUUAAUAGAGAAUACUUUUCCUUCAGUAAGGCCACAACUCUGUUAGAAUUACAUAAUGCCACUACUGAAAUAAGUGCACAUUACGAUAGAAUGUCUCUCAAAUUUUCCAAAGCUUCAAAAUCAUUUAGACAAGUUCCUGAAAUUCAAAUUGUUCAAAGCUCGCCAAUUGUAAAGAAAGGCAUGUCUUCUCUCUAUGAAGAUAUUGAAUCAGAUGGAGAAGAGAGUGACGAUGAUAGUGUAGUUGAACAAGUGGAAGGGUCUAUUCUUACUGAAAAUGCCCUACAACAAUAUAGAAAUGACACUAAUGAACAUGACUAUUCUCCGGCAUAUUCUAUUGUUACGAGUUCUACAGUGUUGACUGGACCUUUCAGUCCUCUUAUCACUCCAGUUAAUCCUGUUCAAAAUAAUAAUAUAUUCGAUGAUAAUCACUCUAUUCAUACUGUUACAGAGGAUGGCAGUAUUGAAGAUGAAAAUAAUAAUCAAAGUACAGAUUCUGUCAAGACAGUUCAUCGAAUUGCAACAACACCAAAAUUAACUAGUAAUAGCUUUUUCGCUCUUCCUUCCGAACUCGAUGGUAGUACCAUCGUUACUGAGCUAUUACGAGUCAUUGUUGAACAAGGUUUACAAAUUUCUGAAACAUUCAACAAGUAUUACGCGAAUGAAUUCUACAAGAAUGCAAAAUUAUCUCAAAGUGAGAGUAAAUAA